AUGUAUGAUGCAGAGAUUGUGUGCCCUGAAAAGCGCCAGGCCUUUGCAAAUAUCAGCCUGACAAGAAACACAGUUGCCGACAGAAUUUCUGAUCUUUCAGCGGAUUUGGACAGCCAGUUGAAGCAAAAAGUAAAGUCAUUUAUUGCGUUUUCAGUUGCAAUUGAUGAAGGCACGGACAUUACAGAUGUUGCACAACUGGCAAUUUUCAUCCGCGGAGUUGAUGACACAUUGACCGUCACCGAGGAGUUCGUGGAGUUGGUACCGAUGACAGAUACAACGACCGCAGCUGAUAUUUUCACCGCACUCGUCGGCGCGCUGGACAGGGUUGGAGUGGACUGGUCCCGCGUUGUCAGCCUGGCUACAGAUGUUGCGCCCUCAAUGAUCGGGAAGAAAGCAGGCGUUGUAAAAAAGUUCAGAGAUAAAGUGCAAUCUGCAAAUGGAGGACGUGAUUUUUGGACUUUUCACUUUAUUUUGCACCAGGAGGCUUUGUGUUGCAAGUCACUGAAAAGGGAUAACGUCAUGAAGGUGGUCAUCCAAACUGUUAAUUUCAUCCGAUCCAGAAGCGUCAAUCACCGUCAGUUUGACAGCCUUCUCAGAGAGAAAGACCACAUCUAUGACCUGCCAUACCACACUGAGAGGGUCAGGCCAUCCCCGAGGAGUCAGUUGAACGGUAAGAACAACAUCUGGGCUAUCAACACCUACACCCUGCCCAUGAUCAGGUACCCUGCUGGGAUAAUAAGCUGGCCAAAGGAGGAGAUAGAAGCCACUGACCCCAAAUCCCCCAAAUCCAGCACCCUGAGGCUAUGCAUCACUCUGGGAAUCCUGUCACUUCACCCAGAUCUCCUACCUCCCCUGUUUCCAGACCUCCCCCCGCAAACCUCUUCCUUUCCACCUUCAUCCUGUAAAUUGCAAAAGAAAUUUAAUCUCAAUGGCAUACACAGGCCUGGGGAUGUAAUUCUGGGAGGGUUAUUUGAAGUCCAUUACAGUUCUGUAUUCCCUGAGCGGACGUUCACCUCAGAGCCCGAUCAGCCUACCUGCCAAGGCAUUGACACCCCUGGAUUCAGACAUGCCAUGACCAUGGCCUUUGCCAUUGAUGAGAUUAACAAGAAUUCAAAGAUACUUCCUAAUGUGACUCUGGGAUACAGGCUUUAUGACAAUUGUGCUACACUUGAUAUUGGGUUCAGUGCAGCAUUGUCAUUAGCCAGCGGUCAAGAGGAGCAAUUUAGGCUUCUGGAGAACUGUUCAGGGACCCCUUCAGUUGUGGGGAUUGUGGGUGAUCCUUUCUCCACAUUUUCUAUUGCUGCCUCAAGUGUUCUUGGUUUAUUCAAGCUUCCUAUUGUGAGUUAUUUUGCCACUUGCUCCUGUCUGAGUGAUCGACAGAGGUUUCCAUCCUUCUUCAGAACAAUCCCAAGUGAUGCUUUCCAGGUCCGUGCUAUGAUUCAGAUUCUAAAACACUUUGGCUGGACAUGGGUAGGUCUACUAGUCAGUGAUGAUGAUUAUGGACUCCAUGUUUCCAGAUCCUUCAAGUCUGACUUUCUUCAAUUAAGUGGAGGUUGUUUGGCCUACUCAGAGAUUUUACCUUGGGAAGAUCAUCCAAAUGAAUACAAGAAAAUUGUGGAUCUGAUGGCCAGAUCCACAGCUCGUGUUGUCAUUGUGUUUGCACUUAAAAUACACCUGAUUCAUCUCAUGACAGAGGUGAAGCAGUUUUGGGAAGAUACAUUUCACUGUAGAUUUUCAGCAGACUGGUUGGAAGAUGGUGGGACACUUUGCACUGGAGAAGAAGAGCUUAGGAAUGCUGAGACUGAACUUUUGGAUGUGACUGAACUCAGGCCUGAGUAUAAUAUUUAUAAAGCUGUGUAUGCUCUUGCACAUGCCCUUGAUGACAUGCUGCACUGUGUUCCAGGGAGAGGACCUUUUAUUGGGCACAGCUGUGCCACUUUGCAAAAAUUAGAGCCAUGGCAGCUGAUGUAUUACUUGGAAAAAGUCAACUUCACAACUCCAUUUGGUGAUCAAGUAUUUUUUGAUGAGAAUGGUGAUGCCUUACCUAUCUAUGAUAUCAUGAACUGGCUGUGGCUCCCUGAUGGAAGCACUAAAGUUCAGAAUGUGGGUGAGGUUAAGAGGUCAGUUUUCAAAGGUGAAGAACUCACACUUGAUGAAAACAAAAUCUUCUGGAACUUUAAAUCAGAAGAGCCACCUGCAUCAGUUUGCAGUAAAAGCUGCCCUCCAGGAACACAUAUAGCAAGGAAGCGGGGAAAGCCUGUGUGUUGCUAUGACUGCAUCCCUUGCUCUGAGGGAAAGAUCAGCAAUAACACUGACUCCUUAGAGUGCACCAGUUGUCCAGAAGACUUCUGGUCAAGCCCCCAGAGAGAUCACUGUGUUCUUAAGAGAACAGAGUUCCUCUCCUACCAUGAGCCUCUGGGAAUCUGCUUGACAACCACCUCACUGCUGGGCACAUUUAUCUGUACUGUUGUUCUAGGAAUUUUCACAUAUCAUCGCAGCACACCUAUGGUGCGUGCAAACAAUUCAGAAUUGAGCUUUCUGCUUUUAGUGUCACUUAAGCUGUGUUUCCUGUGUUCACUGUUAUUCAUCGGAAGACCCAGACUUUGGACAUGCCAACUGAGACAUGCAGCAUUUGGGAUCAGCUUUGUGCUUUGUGUCUCAUGUAUCCUGGUGAAAACUAUGGUUGUUGUGGCUGUGUUCAAAGCCUCCAAGCCAGGAGGGGGAACCAAUCUUAAGUGGUUUGGUGCUAUACAGCAGAGAGGGACAGUUCUGGUUCUUACUUCCAUUCAAGCUGCAAUCUGCACUGCCUGGCUUGUCUCUUCCUCUCCAACUCCACAUAAAAACACCCAAUACUACAAUGACAAAGUGGUGUAUGAGUGUGCUGUUGGGUCUACAAUUGGCUUUGGAGUAUUACUGGGUUACAUUGGUGUGCUGGCUAUCCUUAGCUUUCUGCUAGCAUUUCUAGCCAGGAAUCUUCCAGACAACUUUAAUGAGGCCAAAUUCAUCACAUUCAGCAUGCUGAUCUUCUGUUCCGUGUGGGUGGCCUUUGUUCCUGCUUAUGUAAAUUCUCCUGGCAAAUAUGCAGAUGCAGUAGAAGUAUUUGCCAUCUUGGCCUCAAGUUUUGGGCUAUUGGUGGCACUGUUUGGACCCAAAUGUUACAUAAUUCUGCUGAAACCAGAGAGAAACACAAAAAAUGCAAUCAUGGGUCGAGAGACCACCAAGCCAUAA